AUGUUACAACGCGUCAAGGAGAAAGGUCAUACAAUAUACGAUACACACUAUAGGCCUGCGAGAGCGUACAAUAGUAAUUUUAGGACGCAGAGCGUCGAGAAAACGUUCCUAGUUUUGCCCAUGGGGGGCGCAGCGUGCGGGGCGGGGGAGCCGUCGGUCGAUCGCCUCCGAGACACGGCCCGUCGGAGCGGCAACGUGCGGGGGCGGCGCGGCGCGGCAACGUCGCAAUCAGCUGUUGUAGCCAUCACU